AUGAACGGAAACAUGCGCCCAACCACCACCCCUGUCCUCACCAUCCAUAUUCUCAACAGCAAAACCUCUCCAUCCACGAACAGCGACGACAGCCUUGCUAUCUCCAAUGGCAAUAAUACUCCUGGCCUCAACAGCAACGCCUCUCCUGAUUUCAACGGCUUCGGCUCUCCUAUUCUCAACAGCGACGGCCCACUCGUCUUCGACAGCGACAGUACUGUCAUCGUCGGCAGCGGCAAUCCUGUCAUCGUCAGCAUCGACAGCCUUCCUGUCGGCAGCAACGAGAGCCACGUUUUCCCCGGCAACAGCUCAGAGAACCCUCCCAUCAUCAUCACCCCUCCCACCGACAGCCUGCUCCUACCUGAACUUUCCGACCACAUCCAGUCACUCGCCAGGUCUGUCACUCCAACCAGGAGAUUGUUGUCGAACAGUCCAGUGCCAAUUGUUCGCACGCCUGGUGGGUCUGGCUGGAAACUCAAUGAACCGUCGAGGCACUCUAACAAAGGCAAGGCGAAAGAGACCAAGGAGUCCGAAGAACCACAUUCCUACUUUGUUGAUCAAGUCACUGGCGAAAGAUACAAGAAGGAUGAUACUCUCGGAGAGGGCGGAUUCGGUGUGGUAUACAAGGUUGUUGGUAACGAUGGGAAAGCGUACGCGCUGAAGACAUUCAAGAACGAUGGCUCCGGAAGAAACUUCCAGUACGAGAUCAACAUGUUGGACGCAGCAGGAAAACAUGACAAUCUCAUCGAGUAUUUCGGGGUUGUCAACGACCCGAGCGGAAAGUAUCCACUCUUUGAGCUCUGUCGGCCGCUGGACCUUUUCGAUCUUAUUCGCAACCGAGGCCGCCUCACGUACCCAGAGGUCCGCUAUUUUGGAUUGGGGAUCGCCGCAGGAAUCGCGCACCUGCACGAGAAAAAAGUUAUCCACUGCGAUCUCAAACCUGAGAACGUUUUUAUUACCUUGGACAUGCAGGUCCGAGUUGGCGACUUGGGAUUGGCGGAGCGGUACGACCCGAGGGGCAGGGUCAAGGGGCGCGUUGGGACCAAUAAUUUUAUUGCUCCAGAGGUGGUAAACGGGAAACCCCAUACAUACGAGAUGGAUACGUUCAGUUUCGGAUGCAUCAUGUACAUGAUGCUCUUGGGGUCCCGGCCGUACAUCACGACGCUGUCUCAUGUCUUCCCCAACCAGUUGGAGAACGUCCUACUCGAGAACGAGGCCAGCAAGGAUCCUAACAGGAAGCUCACCCCAGAUGCACAGGCCUUGCUCAGGACAUUGUUGAGCUUCGACCCUACUGCACGACCAAAGCCCAGUCGUAUGGACCGCCAGACCUUCUUCGCGAUGGGCCAUUGCCCAACCAAGUUGGACGAGAGUGUAUUCUACACGCCCUACAUACCCGUAGGCGAGACCAAGAGGAAGGACGCCCCAGUCGAGGAAGAAGAAGAGACCAGAGCGGUCAAGAAAGCCAAGUACGAGUACGACGACUUGGAAGAUCCCUACGUCGACUUUGACCUCUGA